CACGCCUCCGAGCCGCGGAAAUGCGCCCGCGAGCCCGGCCCGCGCUGCUCCUCCUGAUGCUGCUGCGGACCGUGGUCCCACACCGGCGACCGCCGCGUUCGCACUCUCUGUGCUACCUUUUCAUGGGUGCCUCAGUGCCGGACCUUGGGCUGCCUUUGUUUGAAGCUUUGGGCUACGUUGAUGACCAGCUGUUUGUGUCCUACGAUCAUGAGAGUCGCCGUGCCGAGCCCCGAGCUCCGUGGGUCCAGGGUAGGACCUCGAGUCAACUGUGGCUACAGCUGAGUCAGAGCCUGAAAGGGUGGGACCACAUGUUCACUGUUGACCUCUGGACCAUCAUGGACAACCACAACCACAGCAAGGUGUCCCACACCCUGCAGGUGAUCCUGGGCUGCGAGAUGCAAGAGGACAACAGCACCAGGGGGUUCUGGAAGUACGGGUACGACGGGCAGGACUACCUUGAAUUCUGCCCUGAGUCACUGGAGUGGAGAACAGCAGAGCCCGGGGCCCAGGCCACCAAGCUGGAGUGGGAAGUGCACAGGAUUCGGGCCAAGCAGAACAAGGCCUACCUUGAGAGGGACUGCCCUGAGCAGUUGCAGCGGUUGCUGGAGCUGGGGGCAGGGGUCCUGGACCAGCAAGUUCCUCCUUUGGUGAAGGUGACCCGUCACAUGACAGCUGCAGUGACCACUCUAUGGUGUCAGGCUCUGAACUUCUACUCCCAGAACAUCACCAUGAAGUGGUUGAAGGACAGGCAGCCUCUGGAUGCCAAGGUGGUGGAGCCUAAGGAUGUGCUGCCCAAUGGAGAUGGGACCUACCAGGGCUGGAUGGCCUUGGCUGUGACCCCUGGGGAAGAGCAGAGAUACACCUGCCAGGUGGAGCACCCAGGCCUGGAUCAGCCCCUCACUGCCACCUGGGAGUCCUCACCAUCUGGUGGUCUGGUCAUUGGAAUCAUCAGUGGGAUCGCUGUGUGUGCCAUUAUCUUUACUGGAAUUUUAUUCAGAAUCAUAAGGAAGAAGCAGGCUUCAAGAGGAGCCAUGGGGGACUACGUCUUGGCUGAGUAUGAGUGAAAUACAGCCUGCAGCCAACCGUGGGGAGGAGACAGAACGAGAGACUCAAAGAUGGGGUGCAUUGUGGAGCUCUUCAUGUUUCAGGAUGGAACUGGACCUAACAAAUAGAAACUGCCUGAAGAACUCUUUGCUCUUAGACUUCCCUAUUCACUUUCCCAAAGAGUUCUCUCCAUUUAAGUUUCUGAGUUCCUGCAUGCCAGUGAUGCCGAGCUUGUGACCUCUCCCCAGAACUCUCUCUCAUGAAUCUCAAGCUGCAUCUACAGGUUCCCUUCAUUUCCUCUGUCAUCCCAUACCCCAUACACCUAUGUCAUCUUAUCUCCUACCUCUGAAAGAGGGCUCCUUAAAUGAUUGGGGACUCACGAUUCAUUUUGACAUCUGAGCAAAGUUAUGAACCUUCACCCUGGGACGUGCACACUCACACCCCUACCAGAAUUUUGCACACACAUCCAAGCACUUCUUCCUGGAACCAUUCAACUAGCCUAUGAUUCAUAGCUCUCUUUUAUCCAGUAACUCAUCUGUCACCAAACUCUGGGGUUUCUUCCUUCAGAGCAUGAUCUGGGUCACUGUGCAGCUGUGAAGGCCGAGCACUGCACAACCAGAGGAGGCACCUUUCCCAGAAAAGGCGUCAUGGAUUUUGUGUGUAUUAUGAUGUUUUUCAGCAGGUGGGAGGGGAAGUAUCUUGAAGGGGGUUGAGGAGGAGUGUCUUUUUGAAAUCUGCACAAAAGUGUCAUACAGACUUUCGAAGCUUAUUGUGCCUGCAUUUCCGAUUCCUCUCUAGUAUGCCAGAUCUGAAGUACCAUAGUAAUUUUCUGCCUGGUCUCUCUGUUCUGAUAAUGAAAAUCAUGAUAAUGAUAAGGAUUAUGAUAAUGAUGAUGUGGCUCACACUAAGCAAAAGCACCUACUUGGUGCCAGACUCUGUUCUGAGCACCUAAUUAUGUGGAUUAUUGCAGGCAGUUCUUACAAUAAUUCUAUGAGGUAAGUACUAUGAUCUCCAUUUUUUUUUUUUUUCUUAAGGUGAAGAAAGUGAGUACAAAAUAUCUCACGGCUUGCUGUGAGAUGAAAGGAAACAUCAGAAAACAAUCUACUGAUCCUCAGCUGCCAUGUUUCUUUUCAUGGUCUCUGUGGGAAGGUCCCCAAAUGUAACUUCCUUACUCCUCUGUUGCUCUCCUGACAUCUGUCUCUUCAGUCCCCACACAGGGACUGUGAUUGCUGGGGUCAGUUAGUUGCCAUGCUGGGCUUCACACUGUCCUUUCUGGCCAGUGCCUACAGAGUCAGAACCCUGGUGGUAUUUCCCUCAACAAACUGUGGCAACCAUUUUCAUUUUAAGAUGGGAAAACGGAAGCCACCAAGUGGCUCAGAGGAUGCCCAGGCAUCCUCUUGAAGUCUCUGGGAUUCUGGUUCUCAUCCCCAGUUGUGCACAUUCAGAAAAAUUAAUCUAACCAGGCCACUCAUUUGACCAUGUUUAAGAGUCUUUAAUAUAUAUAUAUACACACACACACACACAGAUAUAUAACAAACGUGUUUAUGCUACAACAUACACGUGGGUGCGUAACUGUGAUACAAGCAUUCUGUCUUGGAGGGCAGGUGCCUCAGAAGACGAAAUGCAGCUCCAAAGUUUGGCAGGCAUUGAAUGUAAGCAAAGACAUCUCAACUUUUUUAUUUUUUUAAACUUUUUUUUUGGCUAUGAAAGCUAUGUAGAAAAAAGUAAAAGUAAUACGCACUGAUUGUAGAAGAGUUGAAAAUAAAUAAAAUUAAAGCUAUUAUUUUAUUAGUAAGUGAUAAACUCUGUUAACUUGUGAAUUAAUUCUGUAUUAUUGAUGCAUUAAAAUAUGUAAAAUUAACAAAUACGUAUAUUUUAAUAAAUGUACAAUUGUGUACUGUGUGAUUUUA